ACGCUGUGGUAUAACUGGAAUACUGUUGAAAGCUGUGAGUAACCCAAUUCACUCAUUACACGGAUUACAGCGAAAAUCAGGCACCACCGCCUCUCCACUGCUGCCUGAGCGUGUAGAGGUAUUGGCCGAGUGGACCCGAGUGGCAAAACACAAUCACAAUCAAAUGGAGCUACACAUUCACCCAGCCUCAUGACGUCGUUACGACUCGUACAAUUUACGAUUGUCAGGACAACACUAACAAGAGCAAACCUCGACGUCUAUAACAAUAAUAGUAAAAGCUAGAAGCUGAUAAGCAAUGUUUGCAAUCCCCACCUUGCCUCUCAAUACCGGCAAUACCGUCAUGAUGUAUCGGUUGCUCUGAAUCGGACAUUUUCAAAACAACCUGAACAUAUUUAUCCUGCCCUACUCUACUUAUCAGUGUCAAUACGAAAUACCUGGAUUGGGUUUGGAAUCACUUACGAUACAGAACAGCAUUCUCUCACAUCCUCAUAUUGCCAGUUCCCUUCUGUUAUUGGCUGCUUUCGUUAUGAUUGACGGCCAAACGUGUAUGGAGCGUGUGGAGUUCAACUGAGAAGCAUAUGUCCUUCAGAGUCAGGUGUUGAUGGUAUGAUGUAACAUUACGAAGGACAAAUAUUAUUAACAAACGGACACAUGUUCAUUUAUUACCGGCAUGGCUUCAAAUUGUUUACAAGCAAAAAAUGUUUCAUGUGAGGACGAACAAGGGGAGUUUGUCAAAAACAUUCCAGUUGUAAUAAUGUUUUCAUUGUUUGCUGCUGUGGGUGUUUUCGGGAAUAUUCUCAUUCUGUACAUAUAUGGACUUAAAUUCAAGGAGUCUACGACAAGGGUGUUCAUUUUGUCUCUGGCUGUUUUUGAUCUGAUAUCAUGUGUGUCGCUUCCCUACAAGAUCACUCUUCUACGAUAUGGCAGUCUCUUUAGUAAUCCAAAUCUGGCCAGAUUGGAUAUAGUUCGGAUUUACUUUCUGCAAGUCUCGGUGUCUAUUCUUCCCUUGAUGUCUUUUGACAGAUACAGACGGAUAUGUGAGCCAUUCAAGCUACAGAUGUCACCAAAAAUGGCCAAGAUUUUAGUUACCUGUGUUAUCGUCAUCAUGACAAUAUUUACCAUUGUGCGCAUGGUUGUCACGAGCUAUACCAGUAAUCAGUGCUACAGGGCCGAGGCAUUCGUAUCAGCUGAGUUCGUGAACAAGACUAUCCAGGAAUGGUUACAGGAACUGAAUUUCAUUUGUGUCAUCCUCCCGUUUAUCCUCCCUCUUCCAAUUCUUAUUGCUGUCUACAUCCUGAUUGGUGUCAAGGUCAGAAGACUCAGCAAGAAUUCUAACAGAGGGGUCGAAGGCCUACAGGACACGACCCUUACUAGAUUUACGCACAACUCAACCACCGACAAGCAAGUUGUUGCAAAAGACGAUGUUGAUGGUGGACCGACGUCCGCACUGCACCCUUCAGGAUUGUAUCGGUCUUCGGACGAGGGCUUGGAUAAGGGCCUACAGUCGGAUAUGGGGAGGCAGUCAGAGACACGUGAUCAUGUCGGUCAUUCAGACACUUCUCCUGACAAACAAGGCACUUCUCAUCAUCGAACAAGUGCGAAUGCGUAUUCAACGAAAGUAGCUAUUGAGUCAGGAAGUUCAGGGCAGACACGUCCGAGAUGUCAACUGCUUGAAUCAUCAAAGGUUGAAGUGGAUACCAAGCAAAGACACAAACGAUUUAACAAAGUAUACCCAGACAAUGUGAGAAUUCCACGUGUGUGGGGGAAGAAAGCACCAAAAGUAAAUACAUUAACCCAAGGUGCAGAAUCGAAAUCAGGCGAAGAACUGGCCUCUUCUAGUAAGAGGCUUCCAAAUCAGCCGAUGUCAGCCACGACAGUCAAACGUCAGACAGACGUGGAUUUACAUGUAGAAAACUCCAUGUCCUCAUUUUCGCCGGAGCAAGACAUGUUCUACAAAGGAACACCACUUGAGAAACCUGACGAUGGAGAAGACCAGCAUGAAUCGAAAUACACAUGUAGCCCCGCAGAAAAUCCCCACCAGCAAGAGGGGGUAUUGAAGGAUCUGACCCCGUGUAAACACAGUGAAGCUGAUAAGAGGCUUCCCUGGAAACGAAUGACAUUGAUAUUUUUCUUGAUCACCGUUGUCUACAUUGUCUCGUGUCUGCCGUUCUUCACCAUCUACGUACUAUUCCGAGUGGCGCCAUGUUAUGGCUAUGAACUCUUGUCCCAGGGAGGAUACAUCGUGCUGUACAACUUUGUAUACAUCACCAUUGUCUCGAACUGUUUCCUGUAUGGUUUCUUUGACCCAAGAUUCAAAAAACAAUUAAGGUGUGUAAAGACUUCGAUACUUAACAGAUUGUGUGGAAAAUGAAUAAAGUAUUCGACGUAAUAAGCGCCCCGCUCUAAUAAGCGCCCAUGGCCAUAUUUGC